GUGUCAGAAUGAACUACAUCCAACAUGGCGGCUCUGCUGCUGCUGCUGCUUCCAGGCCUCAGUGCUGCUGCCACUGCAAGGUGCUUCUGGGAAAUGGAGUCCGCAGUGUCAAGGAGCUCAAACAGGAGGGCCAGUCAGGACCAGGAUCCAGUGUGGUGUUCUGCAGUCCAAACUGCUCUGCCCUCUACAAACCUGACGUCCAGAGCAGAACACCUGGAAACAAGGUUGCGGCGCCCGUCAUGUUGCCUGGAUCUGAGAAGCCCCCUCCCAGCAAAGUGCAGCAUCAGUACACCAGCAACAUGUCCUCCAUCACUGUCCACUCCCUCCUCCAGACUCCUCCCACAUCCUCCUCCUCCCCCCCUCUCUCCUUCCCCCCUGCCUCUGCCAUCACCAUGGAGACCAGGCCCCGCAUGGACAGCCUCAAGGUGAAGGUGAAGUUAAAGCCCCGCCCCCGAGCAGUCACAGUUGGAGAGGACUCGCUGUCAUCUCGGCACCUGAAGAGGAUGAAGAGCUGCCGCUGGAGACGCUGGAGCAUUAGCAUCACAUUCAGCAGGGGACCAUGUAACCCGAAUGAGGCGGUUUCCAUGCCAACAGAGGAGGAAGUUGAUGUGCUCUUAACAAAGCUGGGGGUGUGUCUGCGUCCUGAUCCUUUACCCAAAGACCAGCGGAGGUGUUGUUUCUGUAACCAGCAGGGAGACGGACUGACAGACGGCCCUGCCCGCCUCCUCAACCUGGACCUGGACCUGUGG